GCUGGCCCAUGCUGGUGUCGUACUGGGAUCAUAAUGGCAUUGAUGGGGUUACACUUGGAGUGCCUGGCACAGUACUGGGAGUGUCUGGGAGCUACUGGGAUCAUAGUGGAGGUGACUGGCAUCAAACCAGACUCACACUGGGAGUGUUUGGGAGUUACUGGGAUUGUACUGGAGGUGACUGGACUUAUACUGGGAGCAACUGGGACCACAGCAGGGGCAAAUGGCAUCGUGUAAGGUGUGGCUGGGCUCAUACUGGAAGUGAUUGGGGCCACAAUGGACUCUUACAGAGAGGGACGAGAGGGAAGGAACCGUACAGGGGAUGACUGGGAGCCACUGGGACCAUGUCGGGGGCAGCUGGAUCCUACCGGGAGUGAUUUGGAGCAUACUGGGAGUGACCGGGAUCAUCCAGGGGGUGACCGAGAACCACCGGAGGGGCGGCGGCGGAGCUCGGAGGCGGCCCCGGCGCAGGAUUUGUCAUUCCCAUGGUGUGUCUGGAUGGAGGAAGAAAAGCCCUGGAGAUUCCGCACGAGGAGGGGCUGCAAACCCAGCCCAGGGAGCUGCGGGGAGCAAAGAGCCCCCCUGAGCCAGGAAGGUGGCCGGAGAUCCAGGCAGAGCUCAGAGCUGGUGGAGAAGCCUCAUGGCAGGGAGAAGCCCCACGAGUGCUUGGAAUGUGGGAAGGGUUUCAGCCGGCACUUUGACCUGAUCCAGCACCAGGUGGUCCACACUGGGGAACGGCCCUACGAGUGUGAGGAGUGUGGGAAGAGCUUCAGCCACAGCUCCAGCCUGAUCCGGCACCAGAGGUUCCACACUGGGGACCGACCCUUUAAAUGUGGGGAGUGUGGGAAGAGCUUCAGCCAGAGCUCCAGUCUGACUCAACACCAGAGGAUCCACACUGGGGAAAAGCCCUUUGAGUGUGGGGAAUGUGGGAAGAGCUUCAGCUACAAGCAGAACCUGAUGCAACACCAGGUGAUCCACACUGGGGAAAAGCCCUAUGAAUGUGGUAAAUGUGGGAAGAGCUUCAGGUGUAGCUCUGACCUGAGGAAACAUGAGAGGAUCCACACUGGGGAAAAGCCCUAUGAGUGUGGGGAGUGUGGGAAGAGCUUCAGCUUGAAGUGCCACCUGACGGAACACCAGAAGAUCCACUCUGGGGAAAAGCCCUACAAGUGUGGAGAGUGUGGGAAGAGCUUCAGAGAAAGCACGACCCUGAUUCGGCACCAGGUGAUCCACACAAGGGAACGGCCCUACACCUGCUUGGAAUGUGGGAAGAGCUAUGGGUGGCACUCCGACCUCAGAAAACACCAGCGCAUCCACACUGGGGAGAAACCCUACGAGUGUCCCCAGUGUGGGAAGAGGUUUCAAAGGAGCUGCGAUCUCCUCGUACAUGAGCGGAGUCACACAGAGGAGAGGCCCUUCCGCUGCCCCGACUGUGGGAAGGGCUUCAAGCACAACUCCAAUGCAUAUGCUCCCAUCCUGGAGAAUAAUUUUUGA